AAGAUAAGAAAGUACAGCAUGAGAGUUCCGUGGCCGCGACACGUAGAGUUCCGGCCUCGUCGAGCGAUUCCCUCUCCCUUGGAAUUCGCGAGCCGGUCUAUGAGGUAGUGGAAAUAAAAUCCGACGGGAGAGUGUCUAUAAGGAAGAUAAACAGACGUCAGUUGCUGAAAUUAAGUGGUCUUCGUCCAAGAGAUAUCCAGAGUGUUGAUCCAUCUUUGUUUUUGACAAACUCAUUGCCCUCUCUGCUGGUUCGUGAGCAUGCAAUUCUGCUAAAUCUUGGUUCAUUACGAGCAAUUGCAAUGCAGGACUGCGUCCUUAUUUUUGACUAUAAUCGUAAAGGAGGAAAAGCUUUCAUGGAUGAGUUGUUGCCACGACUGAACCCCAAACACAUGAGUGGAGGGCAUUGUAUGCCAUUUGAACUUGAGGUUGUUGAAGCUGCCCUUCUUUCACGAAUACAGCGGUUAGAGCGGAGACUAAUGAAUUUAGAACCUCGUGUUCAAGCUUUGCUUGAAGUUUUGCCUAAUCGCUUGACUGGUAAUAUAUUGGAGCAACUUCGAAUUAGCAAGCAAACCUUGGUUGAAUUGGAUUCAAGAGCGGGGGCUCUUAGGCAAAUGCUACUUGAUCUUUUGGAGGACCCACAUGAAAUUCGGCGUAUAUGCAUUAUGGGAAGAAAUUGUUCUCUUAAAAAGGGAAAUAAUGACAUGGAAUGUUCUGCUCCCUUAGAAAAGCAGAUUGCUGAGGAAGAGGAGGAAGAAAUUGAGAUGCUUCUGGAAAAUUAUCUUCAAAGAUGUGAAUCUUGUCAUGGUCAGGCAGAAAGGCUACUUGAUUCUGCAAAAGAAAUGGAGGAUUCUAUUGCAGUCAAUUUAAGUGCUCGGCGGCUUGAGGUUAGCAGGGUGGAAUUACUUCUUCAGGUUGGGGCAUUUUGUGUGGCUGUCGGUGCACUUGUUGCAGGUAUAUUUGGCAUGAACUUGAAGUCCUAUCUUGAAGAACGUGUGUUUGCUUUUUGGCUAACAACAGCGGGGAUUAUUUUUGGUGCUGUUGUGGCAUUUUUCCUUAUGUACACAUAUCUUAAGGCUAGGAAAAUACUAUAACUUAGGAGAUGGCUAGGUGUAGGCAAUUUCUGGUUCUGUUCCAAGAGCACAAAUUGAUUGUUUGCGGCAUUCAUGGUUUUCUGUUCAAGGAGUACAAUCACAACAUUGAAAUACAAGCCCUCACUCCUGAUCCCUCUCGUAUUUUAGCAGGUUCUGCCUGCAGCAAUGUCAUUUGUUUCAUAAGGCGCAACUUGUUAAGAGGAUCAUGUAAAUUUAUUGAGUGCUUUGAUUUUUAUUGAUCAAGAAGUAUUUGUUGUAUGGAUAGGCCCAAUUGCAGAAACAAAGGUUGCGGCUGCAUGAAUUUUAUUUUGGCUAGAAUCUUUCCUUUUCGAAAUACAUAAUAGUACUUACU